GAGAGAGAGAGAGAGAGAGAGAGAGAGAGAGAGAGAGAGAGAAGAAUAGACAUAGAAAAAGAAAGAAAUAGAAAGACGAUGGGGGGUGGUUUGGGAGUUUUGUCAUUAAAGGAAACGACAGUGUUUUAAUAACGGCCAGUGGGAGAGGUUGUGGUCCUUUUCAAAAGUAUAGGAGAAGUUUGCGAGGAUUAGUUGACAUUGAAGAAAACCUAUGAUACGUAUGAAAGAGAGCAAAAGAGAAGAAAUAGAAAGGGAGAAAGAGAAACAAAGAGACAUAGAUAAAAGAAAAGAAAACAAAAAGAGUUGAUCGUACGAGAGACAUAAAGAAUUAUCGAGGUAUCGGUAUAACGAGCUCGUGAAAUGCGUAUAUAUCAAUGCGAGGAGAAUAGCAAGGAAGCACGAUGAUAGAGAGAUCCCUUUGAUGCGAAUGGUUUCUCUGAGCAGAGCUAGGAGCAGCAGCAGAAGCAGCAGCAGAAGCAGAAGCAGAAGCAGAAGCAGUAGCAGUAGCAGUCCGUUGGUUCGAACGUAAUUUCGUGCUGGCCGAACUACGUCGGGUAGAUCCCACGACAGAGAAACGAGAAAAUAUAUAUAUAGGAAGGGUCUCGCCUUUAAUAAGUGAAUCCCACGAGAAAUUAACGACCACCUAUGAAUCAGGAACGAGGGAUCAGCGAGUAAUAGUGGUCGUUGUCGCUCGUAAUCCCAAGGAACAAGAUUACCUUGUUGGUGAGAGAAUACGUUCUCCUUGGGUGACUAUGACGAUGGAUGGAAUCGAAGUGGUUAUCUAAUAUAAAACCUUAAGUAAUAAAUAUUAUUUAAGAAGAGAGAGAGAGAGAGAAAGAGAGAGAGAGGAAGAAAAAGGAAAAGGUACGCAAGAAAGAAAAAGAGCGAGAUCCCCUUAGAAAAAUGUCACGUUUUUUGAGAAUUCGCGCGAGAACGCGCCGCAAAUGACGUCCACCAUAACGCGUCGUUGAUCCUUGUUGAUACUAUUCUCUCUCUCUUUCUCUCCUUCGUUGUUCUCGAUGAAAACGAAGAUCGAAAGUAAAAUCCGUGGACGAGAGAAACGGGAGAAGGGGAAGGAGGAAUACGUAGCAAGGUACCGCAAGUAGAGAGCUCGUAGGAAAUUCGAGCACGGAGGCCCACGUAAAACCACGUCAUGGCGCUCUGACGUUACCGUGACAGGACUCGGAAAUGGCGAUGCUCUGAGGAUAGCACGUGAAGAGAGAGAGAGAGAGAGAGAGAGGGAGGGAGAGAGAGAAGAGAAAGAGAGAGAAAGAGAGAGAAAGACGGACGGACAGAAGGACAGAAGGACAGACAGACAGACAGACAGACAACAUACGCGUGCUCAACUAUGUGUAUUCGCCAUCACGUCGGAAACGCUGCUGCUACUGCUGCUGCUGUUGCUCGCGAGUAGCAGUGAUCCUCUUUGUAUAAUAGUAAACGUCCGUGUCUGUUCGGACCGAUUAUCACACCUACCUGCAGACAAUUAAACGGGAAUCUCGAGCGAUUAAAGAUAAGCGAGUGUGAUUCGAAGGGUGAAAGAACGAAUGUACGUAACGCCGUACGUAAGGAGAAGAAGGAAGAAAAGGAAAAGAGGAAUGGAGAGAAAAGAAGUAUCUCAAAAUAAGAAGAGAGUAUUUUGAAGAAUUCGAAGAUAAGAAUGAAUAGAAGGAAUGCGUUCGGAGGAAAUAAUAGAUAUUCGUUUGACGAAUAAAAGUGUAUUAGUGAGAGAGUGAACGUUGUGAUCGUGAGAAGAGAAAGAAGAAGAGAAAGAAGAAGAGAAGAGGGAAAGAUAAAGAAAAUUCAAGUGACUCAAACGUGUUUCUUCGACUAAUCAUUUGUUAAUAUUCGUUAAUGAUCAUAUCGAAGGUUUGUUAUUACCAGUUACAAGUAUAGUAACAUCUCUGAUCAUGCGGUUGGUCAGUCCGACUAAUGGACAAUCGGCUUUACUACUCGUCGAGUAAUAGUCACGGGUUCGCGCAUGGUCAACGGAUCACCUUGGUCCGAAUGGAAAGGCAGUAGUCACGCGUUCAUCGUGUAUGCUCCGUAAAGUGGUGGUGUUGGUGUUGAUAGCAGAAGCAGAAGCUGAAGCUGAAGCAGAAGCAGAAGCAGAAGUAAAAGCAGCAGUAGUAGCAGAGAUAGCAGUUACUUCUUCGUCCGAUCGACGACGACUACGAAGACGACGAAGAAGGUGACGAAGAGAGAACGAUAAAGUGGGCGGUUACGAGGAGUCUACUGAAAGGGAGCUUGUUCCCGUGGAUAGGAGAAGGAAAGAGAAUAAGAGAAGUGAAACUCUGCUAGAACGUGCUGGAAGAAGAACAGAACAGCGGUGGGAGACAACGGUCGUGAGGAGGGUCGAAGCAGAAGGGGGAAGAAGAGGAAGAGGAAGAGAAAGAGAAAGAGGAAGAGAAAGAGGAGGAAGAGGAGAAUACGAGGGCGGCCACGAGGGAAAGGGACUUGAACGCAGAGAAGUUUCCGUCUGUCCGAAGUGGAUGGGGGUGAAAAUGUUCCGAGUGUUGCUGGCAUGUGUCUGGCUGGUUGCCGGCAGCCCGUUACAUCCCUGGCCGCUAAUACCCCAAAGAGCCAGUAUCACCAGAGACUCUUACAUCAGACACUAUAGCCCAGCGUGGUACGAUACUGCGGCGCUGAGGGAACAUCGAGCAAGAAGUCGUCGUGACACUUCGGCUUCCAGUCGACCAAAGGACGCAACGUUGAAUCUACGUCUUCGCGCUCUCGACAGAGAGUUUAAGAUGAGACUUAUAAGAGACACAAGCCUUUUCCACGAAGACACAACUUUCGAAGGAUCGAACGACCGAAAUAUUGCCUUCGAUCCUUCCCACACGUACAGCGGCACGUUGGAGGAUGACGAAAAUUCGUUGGUCCAUGGUAUCGUCACUUCAGAAGGACUUUUCGAUGGGACCAUCUUUACAGCUUCCGAUGAGAUUUACAUCGAGCCAGCUAGCAGAUAUUCCUCGUCUUCGGAUUGUCAUCGAUUGUCUUUUGAAAAUGAUAAUCGUUGUGGGAAUAAAUCCGAUGAUCUACGUCAUCAUCAUACGAUCGCUUAUCGCUCCAGAGAUAUCUCCGUUUUACCAACGCAAUCGUGUGCCAGCGAAGAACUUUUUCAUCGAAACGAUCGAAAUCGAUCGAGGAACAGCAACGAGACGGGAAAGAACGGAUAUAUUCUUGCUGGUGGCACAAUGCGACCGUUUUAUCAGCACGUAAACGAGGGAACGGAUCGUGCGAAGCCAGGAUUCUAUCCGAUGGAUGCUAGGAAGAAGGACCCCAUGGCGAGUUCCCAUAAUCUCGAGCUUCUCGACAAAUUGUACAGAGAGAGAUAUUCACGGAUAUUACGGAAAAGAACGUCAAUCGAUCCAAAGAAGACGACUUGCAUGUUGUAUCUCCAAGCGGAUCACACGUUCUUCGAACAUUACAAAUCGGAAGAAGCUUGCAUCGAAGUGAUGACUCGUCACGUUCAACGUGUGAAUUCCAUCUACAGGCAUACAGAUUUUAAUCAGGAUGGACAACCGGACAAUAUCAGCUUUAUGAUAAAACGCGUGAAGGUUCACGGAGAGGAAGCAUUGCACGAUCCAUCCUAUAGAUUUACGGGUGACUACGGAGUCGAGGAAUUCCUCGAGCUAUUUUCCGAAGAAGAUUACGACGCGUUUUGUCUUUCCUACAUGUUUACCUAUCGUGAUUUCGAAAAGGGUACAUUGGGCUUGGCUUGGACAGGCGAUCUCAAGAACGCAGGUGGAGUUUGCGAGAAAAACGGGCAUUAUAGAGGUAGCAUGAAAUCUCUCAACACUGGCAUAAUCACCCUACUCAACUACGGGAAGCACGUACCACCGACGGUUUCUCACGUUACCCUCGCACACGAGAUCGGCCACAAUUUUGGAUCUCCUCAUGAUCCGGACGAGUGCUCACCAGGCGGUGAGGAUGGGAAUUUCAUAAUGUUCGCAAGGGCUACGAGUGGCGACAAGCGGAACAACAAUCGAUUCAGUCCGUGCAGUCUCGUCUCCAUAAACCCAGUCUUAAAUGCCAAGGCUCGUUCAUCAAAAGGAUGUUUCGCUGAGCCUCAGUCGGCCAUUUGCGGAAACGGCGUGGUGGAGGAGGGUGAGGAGUGCGAUUGUGGAUGGGAGGAGGACUGCAAUGAUCCUUGUUGCCACCCUCAACGGCUCCAUCAUGUCCCUCAUGAGAUACCUUGUCGCCUUGCCGAUGGCGCAGUUUGCAGUCCCAGUCAGGGACCGUGCUGCACGUCGGCUUGUACUUUACGCAGCGGGGACAAGUGCAGGGACGACAACGGAUGCAGGAACGCGAGCUUUUGCGACGGCCGAGGUCCCCAGUGUCCGCCAUCCAUCAACAAACCCAACAAGACCAUAUGCAACGAGGAGUUCGUCUGCUACAUGGGGGAAUGCACCGGCAGCAUUUGCCUGGCUUACGGUUUGGAAUCCUGUCAGUGUAUCGCAGGACCGGAGGAUCCACCGACCAAGAGCUGUGAACUCUGCUGUAAAUUACCAGGAGAGGAUCAACCGUGCUUAUCGUCCUUCACUUGGAAUUCAGCUCCCUACGAUAUACCGGACAUGCUUUCAAAACCUGGCACACCUUGCAACGAUUAUAAUGGUUACUGCGACAUUUUUCAAAAAUGCCGAGAGGUUGAUCCGAGCGGACCUUUAGCUACCUUGAGAAGACUCCUUCUGUCUGAUGCAAGUCUCGCUAACUUUCAACGAUGGAUUAUCGAUCGUUGGUUCACAAUCGCCUUGAUAAUUCUCUUUCUGUUAUCCAUAUUGUGCGUGGUAACGAGGCUACUAAGUAAACGGCGAAUUCCACGUAUCAAAAUUCUUCCAACGUUGCAAGAAACUCGAGAGAUCGCAAGAAGGGAAGAAUUUUUGUCAAAGGAUGAUGCAACAUCAAACGUUACUAGGAUACGAUCGAUGAACAUUUCGCACAUCAAAAAGCGUAUAGUCGAGGCUAUGAAAAGCAUCGUCUCGCCGCGUGGUAAGAGGAACGACGAGGAGUCCUUGCGGGCGAGUACCUGUAUCUCCAGGAUUCUAUGUCUUCUAGAAAAGGAUGCUACUCGAGCGGUCGAUCGUUCGGAAAAGCAGAGCUUGAACGAGAUCGAGGAGGUGGAAGGUAAGAGGAGAAGAAGUAGAAGCGAGAAGAAACGAGAGAAAAGGAGAAAAGAAAUGGAAGAGGAAGAGUUGAAGAAAAAAGAAAAUAGAAGAACACUCGUUCCUCGUGUCGAGUGCCAGGAGAAGAAAGGUAGGAAUCUGGGAAGAUGGCGGAGAAUCUCCUUUCUUCUAUCGAGAAGAACUAUUCCCAGCAACUUGACUAUCUCGGAGGAAAAGAUAACGACAAACUCGUACAACGUUGAAAGCGGAGUUCGUAAAAAUUCGACGAAUUAUCAGAGCGAACCACUAGUAGUGCCGGACACGCCCGAUACGCCGAUCGAUACAGUCGAAGGAAGAAUGCAAACGUCAGAUUUGACGGUACUCUUAUCGGAAAGUUAGUCGUGGGAUAUAUUCUUCUCUUAUUCGACUUCUUUAUUACGUUAUUGAUGAACUGCGAAGUCGGAUAUAAUUUCAAGAGUUUGUAAAUAUUGUAUAUACUUGUCGAAUCGAUUAGUAUAUGUUCGUGUCGAUCGUAGAACAAAGCAUGUAAAAUUCGAAAUAAGAAUGAUGAUGAUGAUGAUGAUGAUCGAAUAAUCUGGAUAUGAAUGAUUCGUAUUUUAAUCGAGUAUAGAAGCGGACCAAUCGUAGAGGAGGUCGUCCCGAAGUUUAGUAUCGGUGUAUGUAUGCGUGUAGAAGAAUGUAUAAGCAAUCUCGAUCAUUAUUGUAAAAAAAAUAAAUCAUAUGCUACAAAUUCAUAUAA